AUGCCUCGCCAACAAAUCAAUUUAGAUCCCUACCGGGAUGUGAUCAUAACUCUCUUCCACCACGGCAUCAGUAGCGACUCCAUUAGCCGCACACUCGAAAGUUGUUAUAAUAUCCAAGUCAAGGAACGAACCAUCCAGUCCCGCCUUCGCCAGUGGGGCAUCCGAAAGCGACACCAGACGACCACAGGCGAUGAGGCAUUGCAUGCGCGCAUCAAGAUGCUUUUCAUACAGGACAGGCUGACCGAUAAGGCUAUGCUCGAUAUAUUGCAUCAAGAAGGUUAUGGUAUCUCUGAACGCACCUUGCGCCGUCUACGGUGUAAGUUAGGACUCCAUUCCAGGGUCUCGGAGCCGGAGCAGCACCAGGAACAGGAUCAGAUGCAGAUGCACAUGAUUGUCUCACAUUCUCGGGCAGAGGAGCAAUUGGUGUGA